CCCCCCAAUCCCCAUCUGGCAACUGUGUCAGAGUGAGGGUAAAUUUGACAUACGUUUGAGAGAAUAAUGCGUUUGUUUCUAUUAAUCAGUGGUCGAAUUGGUAGCUUGUGCUUCUCUAUGGUUAUAUAUUUUUUAUUUUCAACGAUAUCAUCAGUUAUAGAUUUUGAUGACAAAUAUAUGCAUAUGCGGUUUUUGGAAAUUUUAAACAAAAACCUUAUUUGAGCCUUAUUUAGCCUUCCCUAAGGCUUGUGCGUAGUCUUUAAUUUGCACGUUUUCUAUAGCGUCAAUUACAAUAGCUUGAUAUUUUUUGGGAACAUCGUAUCUUGUGUAACUUUCGCAUAACUGGGGCAGUAAACUAACGUUUGGGUACUCAUUUUGUUCCUGUAGUCAGAAACAAUUUAAACAGUUAACUAAAACUCUUAUUAUCACUGCAUAUAGAUUGAGUACCUUAGUAUCAUUUUAUCGAUCACAAUUAUUAUCACGGAACGGUAUUUAUAACACAUGGAAAAUCACGAGUUCACGAGAGACAAUGACCGACGAGCGGCGUGUGCGUUCUUCGAGACAUGAUAUCUCACUGAUUAUUAAUGAAGUUAAAAAUGAAUUUUGCGUAUCAUACGAUCGUAAUGAAUAAAACUUUUGAAACUGAGCGAUUCUUUAUUGUACCGGAACACUUUAGUGGCACUUUUUUAGGCAAAUGCGUUGAAAAUCUACAAAACUCUUAGAAUAUAUAAUUUUUUUCUAGAAUUGACAUAGGAUAAGUUUGUGUAUUUGCGGUUUUUCUUUCUUCACGCGAUAAACCACCAAACUUAGGUUUUCUGCCUCUUUUUGUCCGUUUUGUAUCUUUCAGCCAAUGAUGAUUGCAGAUCAGAAACGGUUUGUCCGUUUGAUCUUUCAUUACGAUCAACAUUAUCAGAUAUGUUUUUCAGUAUCUAGAACAAAGUUUAUUUCAUCACCAUGAACUUCUAAAUUGAUCAAGUCUGGUUGAGGACUAGUAAACUCAUUUAUUUGAUUAAUUUCUACAUGUUUGGUACUAGUGAUUAAAGAAAUUGAAUCAUUAGAUAUAUCUUCACUGGUUGGAUAAUCCGCAACAGCAUUGUAGUCCGGAUCUCUCACUGCAUCAUCGCCAGCAUUAUUAAAUAUUGGAUACAGCAUUGUCACUUCGCAAGCUUGCAGUCAUUGAAGUCUCAGACAACGCGUCGUUGUUUGGAUUAUUACCCAUCGAAUCGGCUAAGGGUCAAUUCCCACUGAAAGAGCAGCGGCGCGCAGCGCCGUAAGAGCAAGUGACUGAGCGCGGCGCCGCAAGGGGCAGUGUGGCGCCGCGAGAGGCAGCACGGCAUCCCGAGGUGCCGCAAUGAGCCUCCGCGUGGUAGCUUUGAAAACUAGUGUGCGAUCUACUGCACUCAAGGAAAGUUGUGUGGCAAUAAAUAUGGUGGAUUUGGAUUUAUGUAUCAUAGCACUGGCUGUAGAAGAAGAACAAGAAGUAACAAACAAAACAGAAAGAAAAAGGAAAAUAAAAUUUUGGGUACAUGAUUUAUGGAAGAAAAGAAGAGAAGUUGGUGAAUUUGAAACAUUUUGUAAAAAUUUAAAUCAGUACCCAGAUUUGUACUACGAUUAUUAUAAAAUGACCUAUAUUCAAUUUGAAACCUUAGUGAAUAUCUUAAAGCCACACCUCAAGAGACACGAAACAAAUUUUCGAAUACCUGUAUCUGUUGAAGAACGAUUGUCUAUAUGCCUCAGGUAAGUAUUAUUUUGUAUAAUUAUAUUGUUUUGUAUAAUUUAACUACCGAGCAGACUACCACUGACCCAGACGGUCUUCAGUUAAUUAACUAGACUGUUUAAAAAAAACAUAUAGAUAUUAGGUAUAAACUCAAAACAUCUAUAUAUAUAAAAGAAAGUCGUGUUAGUUACUUCACUUAUAACUCAAGUACGGCUGAACCGAUUUAGCUGAAAAUUGGCAGGGAGGUAGUUUAGAGCCAGGAGAAGGACAUAGGAUACUUUUUAUCCCGUUCGACAUCAUUCCCGUGUGACUUGACAUUUAACGUCAGUCACUAUAAAACGUGGUAUAACAAAAAAGAAUCAGACUUGGAAUAACAAAAUUGACGUAUAAUGACAGCUAUGUAAUGACGUAUGGAUGACAAUUUGAUAUUUGUAAGAAAUCAAUAAUAAAACUAUUUCUAUUAAAUAAAUAAUUCACAUUAUUGCCCAAUUGCCCAUUCGUAUAAACAGUGAAGUGAACUAUAAAACUCGGUAUGGUUGAAAAUUUAAGUUUUUAGGUGAAGUGAAGUUUAAUUAAUAAUGCUGCGACCAAGACGAUCGAAUCUUUCCCGACAAAGCCGUGAUGCAAGAAGAAUACGAAAUACUGCAAAUGAAAGGACUGAAGAAGAACAAGAAAUUGCACGUGAACAGCGCCGCGAUAGUAUGGCUCGACUUCGUGCUUCUCAAUCACGAGAGCAAAGUGAAGCAGCCCGUGAAACAGCUCGGUUGGCAAUGCAGAAUCGUCGAGCGAACAACAGAGGUCAACAAAUAGAUAAUUUGCGACGCAGAACAAGAUAUUUAUCAAGUGCUGAUUUGAAUCGAGCAGCGUUUCAAUACGAUUGCAGCAAUGAUUCCAGCUUGCAUCCUAGCGUUUGCAUUGGGCAAAUGGACGUAGUUUGCGAGUAUUGUGGUGCAUUAAAGUUUUCCGAAGAAACGCCUGGAUUAUGCUGCCUUAAUGGUAAAGUGAAAUUGCCAUUGUUGACUCCGCCACCUGAGCCAUUGUAUUCAUUGCUUUGUGGCGAAACACAAGAAUCACGCCACUUUCUUGCAAAUACUCAAAAAUACAAUGGUUGUUUCCAAAUGCCGUCAUUUGGGGCAGAUAUUAUCGAAGAACGGGGAUUUAAUCCGACAUUUAAGAUACAAGGACAGAUUCAUCAUCGAAUUGGAUCAUUACUACCUUUCGAAGAUACACAGAAUAAAUUUUUACAAAUAUAUUUCAUGGGCAACAUGGAAGAACAACUUGAUCGACGCCUAGAGAUCAAUGCAGGAAUGAAGCGAGCAAUUCUUCAAGACUUGCAGUGUCUGCUUCAUGAACAUCAUGCGUUGGUCAGGUUGUUUAAGAGUGCUUUAGAGCGCAUGCCAAGUGAUGACUAUAAAGUUGUUAUCAAAGCAGAUAAACGACCAUCUGGAACACACGAAGGGACAUUUAAUGCUCCAACAGUAGACGAACUUGCCAUCCUGAUUGUUGGUGAACAAUUGGAAAAACGCGAUAUUGUGCUUACACGUCGCGAUACUGGGCAACUGCAACAAAUAUCUGAAACUCAUCGAUCAUAUGACACAUUGCAAUACCCGCUGAUGUUUUGGCAAGGAGAAGAUGGAUAUUAUUUUAAUAUUAAAAUGAAAAAUCCAUUGAAUGGUGAAGAAACUACAAAGAAAGUUAGCUCAAUGAAUUAUUACGCAUAUCGUUUGAUGAUUCGUCAAAAUGCUGACAACUAUUUGCUGCGGUUUCGUCGAUUGUUUCAGCAGUAUUGCGUUGACAUGUAUGUAAAAAUAGAAACGGAACGUUUAACAUUCAUUAGGUUGAACCAAGCCAAACUGCGUUCUGAGGAGUACAUCCAUUUACGUGAUGCAGUUAGUACUGAAGGAAAUGCAGCUAAUAUUGGUCGAUUAACUAUUCUGCCGGCGACAUACAUUGGUAGUCCACGUCAUAUGCAUGAAUAUGCACAAGAUGCAAUGACAUAUGUUCGUCAUUACGGUCGGCUUGAUCUCUUUAUUACUUUUACCUGUAAUCCAAAAUGGAUAGAAAUUACUCAAUUGCUGCUUCCCGGACAAACAUCAAGUGAUAGACACGACAUCACAGCACGUAUAUUCAGGCAAAAAAUUCGGUCCCUGAUGAACUUUAUUGUUAAACAACGCGUCUUUGGAGACACUCGAUGCUGGAUGUAUUCAAUCGAAUGGCAAAAGCGAGGCCUGCCGCACGCACACAUUCUUAUUUGGUUAGUGGAAAGAAUUCAGCCUGACCAAAUAGAUGAUAUCAUAUGUGCUGAGAUUCCUGAUUAUGAAGUCGAUCCAGACCUACAUGAUGUUGUUACUACUAAUAUGAUUCAUGGACCGUGUGGUGCCAUCAAUCCCCAAUCACCUUGCAUGGUCGAUGGAAAGUGCUCUAAACGAUAUCCACGGAAAUUAACGGCGGAGACUGUCACUGGCAAUGAUGGUUAUCCGCUGUAUCGGCGUCGAUCACCAGAUGACAACGGUCGAACUGUCACAACGAAAGUGAAAAGAAUGGAUUUCGUUGUCGACAACAGUUGGAUUGUUCCAUAUUCGCCACUUAUUUCUAAAUCGUUCAAGACACAUUGCAACGUUGAAUACUGCAAUUCAGUUAAGUCCAUAAAAUAUAUUUGCAAAUAUGUCACGAAAGGCAGUGAUAUGGCGGUUUUUGGAUUGCAAUCCUCGAAUACCAACGAUGAAAUUUCACGCUAUCAAGUUGGUCGUUAUGUGAACUGUAAUGAAGCGAUUUGGCGUAUAUUCGCAUUUCCCAUUCACGAACGUCAUCCUACUGUUACGCAUUUGGCGGUGCAUCUGGAGAAUGGUCAACGAGUAUAUUUCACGGCUUCGAAUGCUACGCAACGUGCUGAAACACCUCCAGCAACUACAUUGACCAGUUUUUUUUCAAUCUGCCAAAGCGAUCAGUUUGCACGAACUUUGCUUUACUCGGAGAUGCCACGUUAUUAUACUUGGAAUGCUUCAUCGAAGAAUUUUCAAAGACGGAAGCAAGGCGAUGCGGUUCCUGGGUAUCCAGAUGUGCGUUCUACUGAUGCUCUUGGUCGUAUGUAUACAGUUCAUCCAAAGAAUAAUGAAUGUUUCUAUUUGCGGUUGUUGCUGGUAAAUGUGCGUGGGCCAACGUCAUUUGAGUCACUACGAACUGUUAAUGGUGUAAUAUUCCCAACAUAUCGUGCUGCAUGUGAAGAAUUGAAGUUAUUAGAAAACGAUAGUCAUUGGGAUACGACAAUCGCUGAAGCCAUUAUCUCUGCAUCUCCAAGUCAGAUACGCACAUUAUUCGCUAUCAUAAUUUCGACAUGUUUUCCACCAAACCCAUGUAACCUGUGGCACAAAUACAAGGAUAAUAUGUCAGAAGAUAUUUUACAUCAAAUUCGUGUCAGUUCCAGAAAUCACGAUAUUGAGAUGAAUGAGGAGAUACAUAAUCGUGCUUUACUCUUGAUCGAAGAUAUGUGUUACCUCAUGUGCGGUAAUUUAUUAAUCAGGUUAGGAAUGCCAGCACCAUAUCGUGAAAUGAAUGACGCAUUUAAUCGAGAAUUGGAAAGGGAACGUGAAUAUGAUCACCAGGAAUUAGAUUUAGUAGUUCAAACGAAUGUACCCCUGUUGAAUUACCAACAAAAGGAAGUUUAUGAUACUUUAAUGAAGGCAAUCGAUGAUGAAAAUGGUGGUUUAUAUUUCCUAGAUGCCCCUGGUGGAACUGGCAAGACAUUCCUCAUGUCAUUAGUUUUAGCAACUGUUCGGGCGAGAUUUAACAUAGCGGUUGCAGUUGCUUCUUCUGGAAUAGCAGCCACAUUGUUAGAAGGAUGCCGUACGGCUCAUUCAGCAUUCAAAUUACCGUUAAAUCUUCAAACUAUUGAAGAACCAACGUGUAAUAUUGCAAAACACUCAGCAAUGGCCAAAGUUUUAGCGGUAUCGAAAAUCAUCAUCUGGGACGAAUGCACAAUGGCGCAUAAACGUGCAUUAGAAGCACUUAACCGAACAUUAAAAGAUUUACGCAAUGACUCGAGAUGUUUUGGAGGAGCAAUGAUUUUACUUUCUGGCGAUUUCCGCCAAAUACUGCCAGUAAUUCCAAGAUCUACGGCUGCCGACGAAAUAAACGCUUGCCUCAAAUCGUCAAAUCUAUGGCGCCAUGUGAAGAAACUGCAACUGACAACAAACAUGAGAGUUACAUUGCUUAAUGAUACAUCUGCUGAAGAUUUCUCGGAGCAAUUGCUGACUAUCGGUAAUGGUCAAGUACCUGUCGAUGAAUCGAGCGGAUUAAUAUCAUUUCCAAAUAAUUUCUGUAAUUUUGUCUCAUCAAAAGACGAACUUAUCAACAAUGUAUUUCCAGAAAUUAUUUCUAACUACAAAAAUUAUGAAUGGAUGAGUGAGCGAGCAAUUUUAGCGGCUAAGAAUAAAGAUGUAGAUGACCUAAACUACAUAAUUCAAAAUAAGAUCAUUGGAACAAUGCAUUCAUUCAAAUCUAUUGACUGCGUCACAAAUGAAGAUGAAGCCACCAACUAUCCAAUUGAAUUUUUAAACUCUUUGGACGUGCCUGGCUUACCACCGCACAAUUUACGCCUAAAGGUUGGCUCCGUAGUAAUCAUGCUUCGAAACAUAAACCAACCAAAACUGUGCAACGGUACGCGUUUGGUGGUUAGAAAAUUGAUGAACAAUGUAAUUUACGCUACGAUAAUGAUAGGAAAAUUCAAAGGUGAGGAAGUUCUCAUUCCGAGGAUACCGAUGAUCCCAACCGAUAUGCCGUUUGAAUUUAAAAGACUUCAAUUUCCGAUACGUCUUGCAUUUGCCAUGACCAUCAACAAAUCACAAGGCCAAUCCUUAAAAGUUUGUGGUUUAAAUCUAGAACAUUCAUGUUUUUCCCAUGGUCAAUUAUACGUGGCAUGUUCACGGGUCGGAAGACCAUCUGCGUUGUUUGUUUUUGCGCCUGAUAAUAAAACAAAAAAUGUCGUGUAUCACAAGGUACUUAAAUGAAGAGCAACCUAUGUACUAAAAUACAGAAAUAAUUAUGAAUGAUUGAUGUAGAAAUUUAAUUUUUUUUGUAUUUUUUCCAAAAAAAAAAAAAUCUGCUUAUUUAUUGACAUUAAGGCGGAACAAAGUUCGCCGGGUCAGCUAGUUAGUUCUAAUUUAGAGUCUAUGGGGUAUAUUUAUUUAAAUAUUAUAAUUAAUCUAAUGAAACUAGCACGUUGAGAUUCAAAUGAGAACUGGUUUUUAUUCAUUCAAAAAAUAUACACAGAUAAAACACACAAAUACCAAUAUUGGUUAGUUUCACAUUAGUGACAACAGAUGUCGGUACUUAGCAGUAUUUAAUGUUGAUUAUUUAGAUAUAAAUUUCAACACUCCCACUAUAUCUAAUAAUCAUAACCAUAAGCAUUUAUAAAAAAAAUAUUAGGUAACAUUUUACACAAUCACCAAUCCUAACAACUCCAUAAAGGCAUAAUGUUUCUUAGCACACAAACUUUUAGUAAACAAGUCAGCGGGCAUGUCAGCAGUCGACAAAUAGUAUAAUUUUAUUAUAUUAUUUGAAACACACUCUCUGGCAAAAUGAUAUUUCACAUCUAUGUGCUUAGAUUGUUUGUGAAAUACUGGAUUCAUCGACAACUUCUGUGCACUCUGAUUGUCAUUAAACAAACUUAAAGUAUACAUUUUAUUUGUGAUUUCAAACUGCAAAGUUCUUAAAUAUAUGGCUUCUUUACAUGCUUCUGAAAUACCCAUGUAUUCAGCUUCACAGCUUGAAAGAGCUACUGUUUUUUGUUUCUUACAUUCCCAGGAUAUUACUCCAUUGGAUAACAAAAAACAAUAACCAGUAUAUGACCGUCUAUCAUAUGUAUUGUUUGCCCAAUCAGCAUCAGCAAAACCUUUAAUUUCUUUAUUUCCAUUCUUACAAUAUUUAAUACCAAAUGAUUUAGUCCUUUUUCAAUAUUUUAAAAUCCUCUUAGCAUAAUGCCAAUGCUCAUCAGUAUGAUUAAUAUUAAACUGGCUUAAAUAGCUUACAGAGUAAGUUAUAUCUGGUCUGGUUAAGACCGACAGGUACAUUAGGCUACCUAUAAGCUGCUGAUAGGGCACUUGUUUAGUUAAAUUUUGACCAGUGUUUACAUUUAACUUAGUCUCCAUUGGAGUUUCAACAGUCUUACAGUCUGCCAUUUGAAAUUUUUCUAAUAAACUCUCAAUAUAACUUUCUUGAUUUAAAGUAACAGACCCUUCCUUUUUAUCAAAUUUAACAUUCAUCUCAAGACACUGUUUUACUUGCCCUAAACCCUUAAUUUUAAAUUUAUUUGACAAUAUUUCCUUCAGUCUAUUAGUUUCCUUUUUAUUAUUGGAAAAAAUAAAAAAAUCAUCGACAUAAAGGGCCACUAUAGUUACCAUAUUUCCAAUUUUCUUUGUAUACAUACAAUGUUCUAAUUUAGAUUUCUUAUAACCUUUUUCAAUUAAACAACUAUCUACCUUUUUGUUCCAGGCUCUGGACGCCUGUUUUAAGCCAUAGAUGGCUUUAUUAAGUUUUAACACUUUCUUAUAGUUAUCUGGGGAAUUAAAACAUUCAGGUUUUUGCAUGUAUAUAGUCUCCUCUAAGUUACCAUUUAAAAAAGCAGUUUUUACGUCUAAAUGUGUAACAUCUAGAUCUAAUUGGACUGAUAGUGAAAACAAAAGUCGUAAUGUUGUAUGUCUAACAACAGGCGAGAAGGUUUCCUUAUAAUCUACUCCUUGUUUCUGGUAAAAACCUUUAGCUACAAGUCUGGCACGGAACCUAACCUUACUUUCACUAUCAUAUUUCUUACACAAAACCCAUCUACAUUUAACUAUAGUACUGUCUUUAGGUGCAUCAGUAAGUUCCCAAGCAUCAUUAUCUUCAAAACACUGUAAUUCGUCCCUUAUUGCCUCUAACCACUGUUCCCUAUCUGGUCCUUUUAGAGCCUCAUCAAGUGAAAGUUCACAAACAUUUUGAAUAACACUACUUUCUAAACACAUAUUAGAAUAACCAUACCUGUCCGGCUUCUUUCUUUGCCUAGAGGAAUAACUUCUUUUAACACUCACAACACUUUCCACACUGUCAUCAGAAGAAUCAUCUGGUACAUAAGUCUCAUCAUUAUCAUCAUGAAAAAUUUCACUUCCUGAUUCAUACGAUGUGUCUCCCACUGAAUCUUCACUGGAUUGUGAUUGUUCAGUUUCCUCAAUCUGGACUACACUUUCUGUUUGUUUGGCAUUUUCUAUAAUGAUCACAUCACGGCUUGUUGUGAUAUCCUUAGUGCUUGGAUUGUAGACUCGAUAACCUUUUACAUCCUCUGGGAAACCAACUAGAAUCCCUUUUACAGCCUUUUUAUUCCAUUUGAGGCGCUUCUCUUUUGGAAUGUGCAUCAUCACUAUACUUCCAAAUACCCUUAAGUGGCUAAUAUUUGGCUUUACUCCAUUCCACAUCUCAAAAGGUGUUUCAUUCAAAUUUUCCACCACUAUCCUAUUUUGUAAGUAUACAGCAGUAUUGGCUGCUUCAGCCCAAAAGCUUUCGUCCAUUUUAGCAUCAAAGAGCAGACACCUUGCCUUUUCCACCACAGUACGAUUAAAUCUCUCUGCCAAGCCAUUCUGUUCUGGUGUGUAUGGAUUGCUUUUCUGAUGAACUAUUCCUGCUUUACUUAAAUAAUUAUCAAACUCUUUAUUCACAAAUUCUUUCCCAUUGUCGCUUCUAAGAAUCUAAAUUUUUCUGUUUAAUUUAUUCUCCACCUCAGCUUAGUAUCUUUGAAAACAUUCAAAAGCUUCACUUUUGUUUUUCAAAAAAUAAAUAUAGAUGUAGCGACUAUAGUCAUCAAUGAAUAAAAUAAAAUAUCUGGAACCACCAAGCGACACAUUCUUGAAUGGUCCACAUACAUCCGUAUGUAUUAUCUGCAGGAGAUCAUCACUUCUAUUUCCAUUAUGUGGAAAGGGUAAACGAUUUUGUUUCCCUUCGCAACAGACUAUACAUGAUGACUUUGAUAUUUCUACCUUUCUAUCAAGUGUAAGACCUUCCACAGCUUUCUGCAUUUUACUUAAAUAGUUACUGUUGACAUGACCAAGCCGACGAUGCCAAAUUUCACUCGAGGUCACCAUUGCAGCCAGCCUUUCAGGUAUUCUCAACUUAUAAACUCCAUUUAAUAAGCAAGCUGUAGCAACUCUCAUUACACUUAUUAAAUAUUUGACAGCCAUCAUCUUUAAACAGGACCUUGUUGCCUUUUGCAAUCAAUUGACUUACGGAGAUGAGAUUCGUGGUCAAACUAGGUACACAUAAUACUCCUUCAACAACCACAUCAUACUCACAGUUAUCUGUCAAUGUUGUUAAUCUCACAUCACCAGAACACUUGACAGACACUUUUCUUUAUUCGCAACAACAAUUUCUUGGACUGUAUGAUUGUUCGACACAUUUGUAAUCCAAUGUUCAUUCGCUGUCAAAUGGCCACUAGCACCUGAAUCAAUGUACCAAUCAUUCUUCGAAAAACAACCAUUUAGGAACACGGCACUGAACGCAUUUGUUUGUUUACGUUCACUGAAUUUGUUAUUUGAUGAAUCUUUUACAUCAUUAGGACAUUGAUUACGAUAGUGUCCCGUUUGUUUACAUUUGUAACAUUUGAUUACUUUUUGUUUUGACAUUGAUGUUGACGUCCGAGUUUUUCCGGUAUUGGCGCCAUACUUUUUUCGAUAACUCGCAAAUGCUCCGCUAACGUCGCCACUGUCUUCCUCCAAGUCCAUCAAUUUUGUUUUAAUGGCGUCGGCCGUUAUAUUAAUGCCCGAAUGUUCAAUCGUCAUUAUCAUUGGCGAAUAUUUUUCAGAUAAUCCAGCUAAAAGCAAUGAUCCUACCCACUCAUCAUUAAUAUGAAAGCCCGAUCCACUCAAUUUUUGGCUCGUUUCUAUGAUCUGAGUAACAUAGGACGUCAUAGAUGUACAAUUUUCAAGACGAAUUGAUAUCAAAGUUCUCAACAAGCUGAUCCUUCUAGUAAAUCCUGAAUCAUCGAAUAAAUGCUUUAAUUUUUCCCAUAGUUUCUUCGUAUUUUCGACAUCCUUGAUAUGUACAUAUAGCGACGAGUCAAUCGUUAGAAUCAAUUUUGCCUUGGUUUUCGCAUCGGCUGCGGCUUCAUCUGGAUUCGUGACUUUGAUACAGUCCGAAGUACCUUCCAGUAUUAGAAAAUUCUCCGCGGCGAAAGCCCACUCCUGGUAGUUCUCGCGACCUUUUAAUUUUGGCACGCUUACAACGUAAUUCGAACUCAUUUUCACCGGCACAGUGUAUUCUCAGUCCACACAAACUUAUACAGCAUUAACUUGCAAGUUCUUGACGGAAAAAACACGUAAUUCUGGGCCCAUAACCUCUAAUGAAACUAGCACGUUGAGAUUCAAAUGAGAACUGGUUUUUAUUCAUUCAAAAAAUAUACACAGAUAAAACACACAAAUACCAAUAUUGGUUAGUUUCACAUUAGUGACAACAGAUGUCGGUACUUAGCAGUAUUAAAUGUUGAUUAUUUAGAUAUAAAUUUCAACAAUUAAUCAUGUGAAUUUUGCACAACGCAGCUGCAGAUGCAUUGAGCCGGAUACCUUUUACAUCCAACAGCUUAAAGGAAAUGCAACAGCAUGUAGUAUCGUUCAUGACAAGAGUACAA